AUGCCUAUUGACCCAGAAAAGCUCGCAAAGUUGCAAAAGGCCUCCGCCAAGAAGGUCGGUGGACAGAGAAUCAAGGCAAAGAAGGUCAACAAGAGUGCCGAGGCCGAUGACACCCAGCUGCAAAACACCCUCAAGAAGCUGAACGCUGAGGUUUUGACCGGUAUCGAGGAAGCCAACUUCUUCAAGGAGGACGGCAAGGUCUUGCAUUUCAACAGAGUUGGUGUCCAGGCUGCUGCUGCCUACAACACCUACACUUUCAGCGGUUUCGCUCAGGAAAAGACUUUGCCAGAGUUAAUACCAAACAUCUUGCCACAAUUGGGUGCUGAGAACCUCAGCAUGUUGCAAAAGCUUGCUGAGCAAUUCCAAGGAAGCCAAGCUGGCGCUGCUCCAGCAGCCAAAGAGGAGGAGGACGUUCCAGAGCUGACUGAGGGCGAGACUUUCGAGAAUGAUGUUGAGUAG